AUGUGCCUUCCUGCUCAUAACCUGGGUGAUGUUAAUGUACCAACCAAGGAACAACUCAAAGAAUUAGAGGCAAAUGUGGAAUACUUGCAGAAAGAACAUGGAAAAAGGUUGAAUACUUUCAAGGAAUUAAAACAAUCAAUUCAGACACUGUGGAAAGAAAUAGAGACAGUUCCAUCAACUUCCAUAGAAAAGGAACUGGCUAAAAGUGAUGCAGAGACAACAUUCAAGCUUUCAUCUGACAAUAUGGAGCAUCUGAGAGGACUUAAUACUGAGCUUGAAAAUCAACAGAAGAGGUUAAUUGCCGAAUCAUCUGAGUUGACAGAGACAAUCAAAUCACUGUGGAGCAAACUUGAAGUUGAUGAGUCAGACAGGAAAGUCUUUCUUGAAAAGCAUGUUGGAUCUAAACCUUCUGUUAUAACUAAGUUGAAAGAAGAAUUCCAAAGAUUACAAGCCUUGAAACUAGAUGUCUUCAACACAGUCAUCUAG